CAUCAAGCAGAAGCCUCCCCUUGGGGUUCCUCAGCAAAUGCAGCCGCCGAUGAUGCCCCUUUCAUCACAGACACUGAUGAUGAAUCUUCAUCAUGGCCAAACACAGGAAUAUGUGAUCAAACCCAAAUAUUAUCCAGUAAAAAAAGUGAUUUCAGGAGAACAAUCCACAGAGGGCUCGCUACCACUGAGGGUGGGCCAGGAUCAGCUUGUAUCACCUUUUCAAUUGGGAAAUCACACGGGCCGCAUCAAGGUGGUCUUCACGCCCAGCAUCUGCAAAGUGACUUGUACCAAGGGCAACUGUCAGAACAACUGUGAGAAGGGAAAUACCACCACCCUCAUCAGCGAGAACGGCCACGCUGCCGACACGCUGACAGCCACCAACUUCCGAGUAGUUAUUUGUCACCUUCCAUGCAUGAAUGGAGGCCAGUGCAGUUCUAGAGAUAAAUGCCAGUGCCCUCCGAACUACACUGGGAAACUUUGUCAGAUCCCUGUGCAGAAUGGUAACACUCCAAAACUCUACCAUCAUCCGCAACAGGUGAACAAGGCCGUAGGAUCACAAAUCAUCCACUCCACUCAUACUUUACCAUUGACGAUGGCUGGACAGCAAGGUGUAAAAGUGAAGUUCCCUCCUAACAUAGUGAAUAUCCAUGUGAAACAUCCCCCUGAAGCCUCAGUUCAGAUCCAUCAAGUUUCAAGAAUCGACAGCGCAUCAACAGGACAAAAACCAAAAGUACCUCAGCCAGGACAUCCACAGGUCUCUUACCAAGGUCUUCCGUAUCAGAAGACCCAGAAAGGACAUACUGCUUACACAAAUCAACAACCCAUUCCUCAUGUGUUUCCUGUUUCAGUUAAAACUCAGCUUGGGCGCUGCUUCCAGGAGACUAUUGGGACACAGUGUGGCAAAGCACUUCCUGGCCUUUCAAAGCAAGAGGACUGCUGUGGAACUGUGGGUACUUCCUGGGGUUUUAACAAAUGCCAGAAAUGUCCCAAGAAGCCGUCUUACCAUGGAUACAGCCCAAUGAUGGAAUGCCCCCAAGGCUACAAGAGGAUCAAUGCUACGUUUUGUCAAGAUAUCAAUGAAUGCCAGUUGCAGGGAGUAUGCCCUAAUGGUGAGUGUUUGAAUACCAUGGGCAGUUACAGAUGUACAUGCAAAAUGGGAUUUGUGCCAGAUCCGACUCUCUCCAGAUGCGUACCUGAUAGUGCUGUGGUCACCGAGGAGAAGGGGCCCUGCUACCGGUUUGUCAGUGCAGGAAAGCAGUGCAUGCACCCCCUUUCUGUCCAGCUCAGCAAGCAGCUCUGCUGCUGCAGUGUGGGCAAAGCCUGGGGCCCCCACUGUGAGAAGUGUCCCCUGCCAGGAACAGCUGCUUUUAAGGAAAUCUGCCCUGGUGGAAUGGGUUAUACGGUUUCUGGCCCUCACAGAAACAAGCUAUAUCAUCACCCUGCAGUUAGAGUACAGCCACCUGCCAUUGGCAAGACCCCGAUUACUCAACCUGUUGCUAAAGGUCCUUCUCCUCCACCUCUCCCAGCAAAGGAAGAGCCAGUGGAGGCACUGACCUUCUCACAGAAAAGUGAGCCUGAGGUGGCUGUGCAAGAAGUGGCAACAGCAGCCCCUGAUCAGGAAUUAGUUUCAUUUGAUCAAGAAAAACAAAUCCUAGAGCCUGGUCAGCCUCAGCUUUCUCCUGGGAUUUCAACCAUUAACCUGCACCCACAGUUUCCAGUAGUGAUUGAGAAAACAUCUCCUCCUUUGCCUGUGGAAGUUGCUCCUGAAGUCUCUACUUCGAGUGCAAGUCAAGUAAUUGCACCUACUCAGGUUACAGAAAUCAACGAGUGUACAGUUAAUCCCGAUAUCUGUGGAGCAGGACACUGUGUUAAUCUGCCUGUGGGAUACACUUGCAUCUGCUACGAGGGAUACAAGCUUAAUGAUCAGCAGACAAAAUGCUCCGAUAUUAAUGAGUGUAAUCAGAUGCCCCAUCUCUGUUCCCUUGGACGUUGUGAAAAUACUGAGGGAAGUUUCCUUUGUAUUUGCCAAGCUGGAUUUAUGGCCAGUGAAGAUGGAACUGACUGUGUUGAUUUUGAUGAAUGUUCAAGACCUCAUACUUGUGGAGAAGGCUUCUGUAUAAAUACUGUUGGCUCGUACAGAUGUGAAUAUUGUGACAGUGGAUACCAAAUGAACAGAAGAGGUGAAUGUGAAGAUAUUGAUGAAUGUCAGACCCCAACAACUUGUCCAGAUGCGCAGUGCGUUAACGCCCCAGGCUCUUACCAGUGCAUUCCCUGCAGAGUGGGAUUCCAAGGCUGGAAUGGACAGUGCCACGAUGUAGAUGAAUGUCAGUAUGGCAAUCUCUGCACAAAUGGACGUUGUGAAAACACUGAGGGCUCUUUCAGAUGUACUUGUGGCCAAGGUUUCAAACUCUCUGCAGCAGAGGAUCAGUGUGAAGAUGUAGAUGAAUGCCAGCAGCAGUCACUGUGUGUGAAUGGACGCUGCAGGAACACAGAAGGGUCUUUCAGAUGUAUUUGCAGCCAAGGUUACGUGUUAGCAUCUACUGGAGAUCAAUGUGAAGAUGUUGAUGAAUGCCUUCAGGAUGGUGAUAUUUGCUUGGGAGGAAACUGCGUGAAUACUGCAGGGUCCUAUGAAUGCACUUGUCCAGCUGGUUUCCAGCAGACAGCCCAUCGGGGAUGUCAAGAUGUCAACGAGUGCGAGAGGUCUGACCUGUGCKCUCCGCACGGCGAGUGCCUCAACACGGCCGGCUCCUUCCGCUGCGUCUGCGAGCGCGGCUUCUCCGUGGCUCCCGACGGCCGCGCGUGCCGAGAUGUGGACGAGUGCGCGAACAGCAGCGCGUGCGGCAGCCACGGCUUCUGCGAGAACGUGGACGGCUCCUUCCGCUGCCUCUGCUACCAGGGCUACCAGGAYGCCCAGGACGGGCACGGCUGCACCGACGUGAACGAGUGCGAGAUGCUGAGCGGCGUUUGUGGCGAGGCCCUCUGUGAGAACGUGGAUGGUUCCUUCCUGUGCCUGUGCUCCGAUGAGAACCAGGAGUACGAUCCCAUGACGGGGCAGUGCCGCUUCCGCCCCUCGCCAGACCUACCCACAGCCACAGACCAACAUGAAGAUGGAAAGAAGGAGUGCUACUACAACCUCAACGAUGCUAAUUUUUGCGACAACGUGCUUACAUCCAACGUAACCAAACAAGAGUGCUGCUGCACGCUGGGCGCCGGCUGGGGCGAUAACUGUGAAAUCUUCCCAUGCCCUGUCUUUGGAACUGCUGAAUUUACCGAUUUGUGUCCYGAAGGGAAAGGUUUCAUCCUCGCUGGAGAAUCAUCUCAUGGAGUUCUCUCUCAGAAUUACAAAGAUGCUGAUGAAUGCCAGCUCUUCGGACAAGAAAUCUGCAAGAAUGGCUUCUGUUUGAACACGCAGCCAGGUUACGAGUGCUACUGCAAGCAGGGCACCUACUAUGACCCUGUUAAGCUGCAGUGCUUCGAUACAGACGAGUGCCAGGACCCAAACAGCUGCAUUGAUGGCCAGUGCAUUAACACGGAAGGAUCGUACAACUGUUUCUGCACGCACCCCAUGGUCCUGGAUGCAACAGAGAAGCGGUGCAUCAGACCAGCAGACUCGCAUGAACAAACCGAAGAAACCGAAGUCUACCAGGACCUUUGCUGGCAGCAUCUGAGUGAUGAUUUUGUUUGUAGUCGGCCUCUGGUUGGAAAACAGACCACGUACACCGAGUGCUGUUGCUUGUACGGCGAAGCCUGGGGCAUGCAGUGUGCUCUGUGCCCGAUGAAGGAGUCAGAGGAUUAUGCCCAGCUGUGCAACAUCCCCGUUCCAGGAUCUCGACGGCCAUAUGGACAAGAUGCUCUGGUUGACUUUGAGGAGCACUACACUCCAGAAAYGAAUCCAUACUUUGUUGAAGACCGUUUUCUGAACAGCUUUGAGGAGCUACAAGCAGAGGAAUGUGGUAUCCUGAAUGGAUGUGAGAACGGCCGCUGCGUGAGAGUCCAAGAAGGCUACACCUGUGACUGCUUUGAUGGUUAUCACCUGGACAUGGCGAAAAUGACUUGUGUUGAUGUGAACGAGUGCAGCGAACUGAACAACAGGAUGUCUCUGUGCAAGAACGCCAAGUGCAUUAACACGGAGGGCUCCUACAAGUGUUUGUGUCUGCCCGGCUACGUACCUUCGGAUAAGCCAAACUACUGCACACCACUGAACUCAGAACUAGACAGUGAACUGGAGUAGAGGAAAACCUCCAUAUUCUAAGCCCAUAUACUCUGCACUGUAUAAAGAAAAGGAAGGAAAGUAUUUAACUUGAUAAGAGAAGGCACCGGAGUAGUGAACAUAUGGGGAAAAAGCAUGUGUCAAAGGUGAGAAAUGAUGGGCUGAUGAUAUGUCAGCUUCGCUGAAGUGACAGACCAAAUGGACACAUUUCUCUGUAUGGAAGAAACAGUAAAGUAUAUAGUGUGUUCAUAAGGAAAAAAAUCAUUAUGCAAAAACAGUGCUGUUAUUUUAAACAGAAGAGCUUUGGUAUUUUGGAUUUUGUUUUUGUUUUUACUAUUGCUUGAUUAAUUUGGCAUUUAAAUAGUGAUGGAAAUAUUUUAUAUUACUAUGUCAUUUUUUUGAUUGUUCAGUUCCUUGCCUACUGUUUCUCUUCAGACCUUUUCUUCUGAUCAGUACAGAAUCUUUGAUGCAGAUAUUCUUAGGCCAUUUUAUAAGAACUGUUGCACAGGGUAAUGCGCCUCCUUCUCUGGAACAUUGGUCAGUGACUUUUUUGAAUCUGCUACUUGUCUGCCCUGUGGAGCAGGCACCACUUGUUUCCAAAUGUUUAUAUACCUUGGCGAAAAGUCCUUAUAUUCAUUUUGUAUUCUGUAAUGGUUGUUACUGCACUUAAAAGUUUUUAGAACCUUUCUUGCCAAGUUCAAAGCUGCUAGUGGACAACAUUGGAUUCUUUUUGUACAUUAAAGCAAAAGAUUUGAGCUCACGUCUGUAUUGUAAUGUGUAAAUUGAACACAAGAGAGAUCUUGUAUGAUUACCCUAACAUAUUAAAGCUGUAUAUUAAACCUCAAUAAAAUCACCUUUUUUUAGAAAACA